UGGUUUCAUAGCACAAGUCUCACUGUGGCACGCAGGCACCGCAGAAGACAUCAGCCAAGCGAGGAGGAGGUCACACGGCGGAUAACAAGCCUAAUCCGGACAGACAAGAGAAAGAAGAAGCCCUAAGCUGUCAGGUUUCAAAACAUCUUCACUGGGAACAUGUCUCUUGAGCUGACGUUCAACCCAGAUACACAGCUGACGGAGAUGAUGCGUCUGCGAGUGCAGUCUCUGCAGCAGCGAGGUCAGAGACGCCAAGACGGAGAGCGUCUACUGAAGUCCAACGAGUACGUCUACCGUCUGGACUUCUCCGAACAGAGCCUGGAUUUCACCCGCUGGAACAUCUGCAUGUCCAGUUCCGGCCGCCUCAACAUCAUCGCCACCUCCCAGCUCUGGACGCCCGACCUGACCUACCUCAUGACCCGUCAGCUCCUUGAACCGACCGGGCUCUUCUGGAAAAGCGCAGAUGAAGAUCCCAUCCAAUGCUACGAGGCCGACGCUCAGGAGUUCGGCGAGAGGAUAGCCGAGCUGGCCAAGGUUCGCAAGGUGAUGUAUUUUCUGUUCGCCUUUGAAGAUGGCUUGAGUCCGGAGAACAUCGAGUGCUCCAUUGAGUUCCAGAAGUGAGAGAACUUUAAGCGUACGGCGGCUUCCUGUUGAGUCUACUUAACCCAGACUAAGUAGUUUAAAAUGAAUUUCCUAAAGACCUAUAAAAUUUGAUUUUAUGACCAGAUCUUAAGCUUUAUCUGUCUGAUUGUUCAUGUUUAGCUGCGUGAUGAGACUGUAACUCAAGAUAAAUCGCACUAAUAAUUCAAGAAGAUCAAAAUAAUUCAUGAA